AUGGUAUUAAUUUUGGGCUAUAUUCUUCAGUACUUUUUCUUAUGCAUUACUCUAACACGUAGUGAACAAGACACAGCAGUAAGCGAAUAUCAAUGGUCUCGAUGGCAAAGCUGUUCAGAGGAAGUAUUAACAAAUCAAACGAACAACAAUGACCAAUUAUUAUGGCAGUUAGACAAUCCGAUCUAUAUGUGCGAUUAUUCUUCUGACCAAAUUUCUUGGUUGAUAUCACCAACCUUCGCUGUAUUACCCAAUAAGAAAAUUACAGUUCAUAUCCAAUAUAUUAAAGCUCCUAAUAUCACCGUCGGUGAUGAUAGCAUUCCAGAAUUGCAAGCCAUUGUUGUCCCUUCAGCUAAAGUUUCUGAAAGCCAAUUCUGUCAGCAAACCAGCCAAGUUAGUGAUAAAUAUAUUCAACUGAAAAGGGAAUCAAAUAUUGCUACUGAGUUAGCUCUAGAAAAGGAAAAGAAUUUAAAAAAUCACGCGCAUCAUUUACAAAAUGUCGAAGAGAUGGAUAUGGACAUUAAAUCGACGCCAAAGCUUGUUUAUGCUCGUUUAAUAAUUCAAAAUAAUCGUUCAUGCAGUCAAGUUAAUUCCGUUAGAAUAAUCAAUACCGUCUGUGAAAAAAUUAUUGCCGAAGGAGCAAUAUUUCCUGAAAGCAACCCUCCUUCUGUUCAAAAUGGUCCAAAAUUAGUCAUAGGCCAUUGCACAGGAUCGGUAGUGGCUAAUGUAUCGAAACCAGUAGCAUGGUGUCAACCCGAUGGAAAUUGGAGUCAUUUUAUUAAUGCUUGUCGCUGCCCUCGUGGUAAGGAGCGCAGGCAGCAAUAUUGUGUCAAAUGCCAGAUAAACUACUACAAGCCCAAUUCUUCUGCUUUACCUUGUUUACCAUGUCCAGCUAAUACUUCGACUACAGUAAGAGGAUCCGUCAAAUGUAUUUGCAAUUCCAAGCAAAUUAAACUAAACUCUCAGCUGCCUUGCCAACCUAUUCCUAAAUGCAAAGUCAGAUUUUCCUCAGCCAAUACCAGCAGCUUAAUCCAAGUUUUGAGCUUUGGAUCCAGGAAAACAAGAGCUAUGACAUUUCGAUUGCAGUGUCGGAAUUGCUCAGUAUCUGGAAUCCAAUACAAUCGUAAUUUAAAACUAAAGACUAGGAUAAAAAUAAAUUCCCUCCUUCCAAAUGCAAUGUACGUGAUUAAAAUUUCGCCUAUCGUUAUUGCGAAUGGUAAAAAGUACCUAAAAAUGCCUUGUGCCACCUUGAAGAUAAAAACAAAAGAUGGAGUUCCUGGAGCACCACGCCAAGUUCAUGUACUACAGGAUAAAUUCUAUCCAUUAAUCUACAUUACCUGGAAACCUCCGAGAGUAUCUAAUGGGCUAAUCAUAAAAUAUCGAAUACUUUGCCGUCGUCUACUAGAAAAUCAUGCUACGUUAUCUACGCUAGCCAAAGAAGAAAUAUUUGUGCAAGAAGUUGACGGAGUUGUUCAAUUUGCUAAUAUCUCACAUCUGAGACCAAGAUCUCACUACUCGAUCACGAUUAGUGCCACCACGAAAUUAGGACAAUAUGGACCACAAAGCUAUCCAGCGUUUAUCCACAUAGGACCAGUAAUUUCUGAUGAUACCAAAACAGAUGCUAUUCGUCUAUCCCUGGCUCCCUUGAUUAUCGGAGGAUUUACUGCCGGAGCUAUGCUUAUUGCUGUCCUUAUUGUGAUAUUAAAGUUUGGCGGCAUACCAAAGUUUUCUCUGAAUGAUGGAUUAAGCGCUAUUUGUCGAAAUUACUGGAUUAAUAAUUAUUGUUGCUGCUGUAGAAGGCGAUCAGCUUUUUCCGAUACUAGCGAUAAAAAUGAAUUAGAUGAAACUGAUCUGGAAGACACUAUCAUUUAG